UUUUUUCUUAAUGGGAUACAGGAAAGGGAUCUAGUUGACAUCUAUCCUUAGAAAUAUUAGCCGUUUUUCUUAAACACUCCAGUUCCUCAUCUGUUGCUUUUUCAUUUUGUAUACUGCAAGUUCCCAAGCAACUCAAAUUUGCAAACACAGCUAUGGAUACACUAUUUGCUUUAGAGUAGUUAUAUGGGAAUCUAGUUCUCUUUUGUUAUUUUCCCCACCCAUUCGUUUCUUAAUCAUAUAUAACUAGCAACAUUUAUGGCUAGAGGUUGAUUUGCAGGUUCCUAAGUCUGUAUAGCCUCUAGUUUGAAGCAAGAAAAGGAUGAGUAGUCAGGAACUGGUCACUUUGAAUGUGGGAGGGAAGAUAUUCACAACAAAGUUUUCUACCAUAAAGCAGUUUCCUGCUUCUCGGUUGACACGAAUGAUAGAUGGCAGAGACCAAGAAUUCAAGAUGAUUGGUGGCCAGAUUUUUGUGGACAGAGAUGGUGUUCUAUUUAGUUUCAUCUUGGAUUUUUUGAGAACGCACCAGCUUUUAUUACCCACCGACUUUUCAGACCAUCUUAGGCUUCAGAGAGAGGCUCUUUUCUAUGAACUGGAUCCUCUGGUUGAUCUCUUAAACCAAGAACACCUGCUACAGCCAAGACCUGCUCUUGUGGAGGUGCAUUUCCUAAGCCAAAACACUCAAGCAUUUUUCAGAGUGUUUGGCUCUUGCAGCAAAACAAUUGAGAUGCUAACUGGGAGGAUUACAAUGUUUAUAGAGCAACCUUCAGCACUGACCUGGAGUAGUAACUCCUUCCCUCCUCAGAUGACCUUACUUCCACUGCCUCCACAAAGACCUUCUUACCAUGACCUGGUUUUCCAAUGUGGCUCUGACAGCAUUACUGAUAACCAAACUGGAGUCAGGUAUGUUUCUAUAAAACCAGAUAACCGAAAAUUGGCCAACGGAACUAAUGUCCUCGGCUUACUAAUCGACACUUUAUUAAUGGAAGGCUUCCACCUAGUCAGCACUAGAACAUUAUCCUCUGAAGACAAAAGUGAAUGCUAUAGCUUCGAAAGGAUACAAAGGCCUGAAGCUCUCGCCAUGAACAAAACAUUGAAAUCAGAGAUUACCAUCAUGUCAGAGCAAUCUCAGAAAAAGAAAUGAAGAUCUCUGUUCUUUUUUAGAGUAAAGAGAAAUUGCCAUUUUCUUGUUUGGAAAUUCCGUAUUUAUGGCAUGUGUGUUAGUCACAUACGUACUCAUCCUAACUUCUUGGUCUUAUCUCCUAGUAUGCCAUCUUGGGCAACUAUACCUCAACGGUGCUUAUGCCACACUAACUGCUUGCUGCUCUCUAAAUAACACUGUCCACUUGGUGCUUUGGCACAUGUUCCUUCUACCUUCAAUGCCCCUUUCCCUUUCUUUUCUUCAUGAAAAGAAGCUCUCAAGAGUGGGUUCCGGAAUCAGACUGCUUGAUUUCAAAUCUCAGCUUAAUCAGUUACUUCCUAUAUGACUUGGGCAAAUUAUUUAAGCUCUCUCUGCUUCAGCAUCUUCAUCUAUCAAAUGGGGAUAAUGUAUCUCCUUAUAGGAUAUAUGAAAAUAAAAGGAGAUAAUGCAAAGUACUCAACACACUGUCUGGCACAUGGUAGACACUAAGUAAC